AUGAAUGUGUUACUCUUACAGAUAACUUGCCCUGGAGUGCUGCUGAAAGACAAAGAGGAACUUUAUCUCAGUGUCUCUGUACUUGGGCAGUACAAAAAAACUCAAUGCGUCCCUGCAGCGUUUCCACUCUUCUUUCAAGAAAAACUAGUAUUUGAAAAGGCAUUUGCUGACAUAGUUGAUCCUGGAGACCUUGUGGAGUUACUGGAACUUGACACAGCAGUACUUGAACUAAUACAGCUCGUUCCUCCAGUAGGAAAAAUUCUAGCUACAUAUGAAGAAAAUACAAGAGAUUUCCUGUUCCCUGACCCUAAGCUUACACGUGGGCACCAUGGUUUAGAUCGUGAGAUUUUAAUGAAGAGGUCCACUUCUUUUACAGGAAUUGCACCAAAAUUGAGAUUUUCUACAAGCUCCCUUAUUACAGAAAGUCUGUUAAGCUCAGGAAGGAGUCACAUACAGGGUAAUUUGAAUUGGGUACAUCACUCAACCCUAGAUGGAAAAUUGCAAACAAAGUUACCAAAGAAAAAUACUCCUUCGCCUGAAAAAAGCAGGCACAGCUUAGCAACAAAGAACUAUGAGCAGCCUACAAUAGCUUCUAAAUCACGCUCUCCAUCUCCAUACACAAAAAGACGAAUGUGUGAGCUAUCAGAAGAAGCCAGGCAGCGAUUGGCCCAUUUAAACCUUGGUCCUUAUGAAUUCAGAAGAGAAACUGAUAAACCUCCAUUUGUAGUUAGACGGGUUGAACAACCAAGUCCUAGUAUUAAACUUCAUGCCUGGUGUCCCACACGAGAAAGCACAGUGGAAGGCUGGACCAAGAUAGACCAUGAUCCUUCUCUUCUCGGCAGCUACAGACCUAAGAAAGCCAAAGCAAAAUCUACUCAUGGAAAAGACUUCGACAGUUCUGAUGUUUGCCGUGAGGAUGUGAUCUCAGAUCCACCCAACAGACAGUCCCAUUCUGCUGGUUCAUUACAGCAUUCAGCACCUCCAGCAUUUCAGAAGCACUCUCUAAGUUCUGUGCUAAAUCGAUCCUCUCUAAGGGAAAGAUUUAGCUCGGGAUGGCCUUCACCAGCAAACGGGGAUGAGAUCCAUAAACGAGUGAAAAAUAUUUUAAGGACACACAGUGCUAGACAGCGCCUAAUAUUUGAUGAGCGUAACUCAUCAAAAGGAGACUUGACUAAGACAAGAGAAUCUUCGCAUAAAGCACCCUUAUCCAUGAGUGAGCUGCAGAGCGG